AUGGUGGAACAUCUGGGAGCCAGGGCUGUGACAACGUCCAUCAGCGUGGUGGAACAUCAAGGAGGCAGGGCUGUGACAACGUCCGUCAGCGUGGUGGAACAUCAGGGAGACAGGGGUGUGACAACGUCCGUCAGCGUGGUGGAUGCAGGGAGGCAGGACUGUGACAACUUCCGUCAGUGUGGUGGAACAUCAAGGAGGCAGGGGUGUGUCAACGUCCGUCAGCGUGGUGGAACAUCAGGGAGGCAGGGCUGUGACAACGUCCGUCAGCGUGGGGGAACAUCAGGGAGGCAGGGCUAUGUCAACAUCCAUCAGUGUGGUGGACCAUCAGGGAGGCAGGGAGGCAGGGCUGUGACAACGUCCGUCAGCGUGGUGGAAACAGGGAGGCAGGGCUGUGACAACGUCCAUCAGCGUGGUGGAAAAUCAGGGAGGCAGGGCUGCGACAACCUCCUUCAGCGUGGUGGACCACCUGGGAGGCAGGGCUGUGACAACAUCCGUCAGCGUCGUGUAACAUUAGGGAGGCAGGGCUGUGAUAACUUCCGUCAGUGUGGUGGAACAUCAGGGAGGCAGGUCUGUGACAACGUCCGUCGGCAUUGUGGAACAUCAGGGAGGCAGGGCUGUGACAACGUCCGUCAGCAUGGUAGAACAUCAGGGAGGCAGGGCUGUGACAACAUCCGUCAGCGUGGUGGAACAUCAGAGAAGCAGGGCCGUGACACUGACCGUCAGCGAGGUGGAACAUCAGGGAGGCAGGGCUGUGACAACGUCCGUCAGCGUGGUGGAACAUCAGGGAGGAAGGGCUGUGACAACAUCCGUAAGUGUGGUGGAACAUCAGUGAGGCAGGGCUGUGACAACGUCCGUCAACGUGGUAUAACAUCAGGGAGGCAGGGCUGUGACAACGUCCAUCAGCGUGGUGGAACAUCAGGGAGGCAGGGCUGUGUCAACGUCCGUCAGUGUGGUGGACCAUCAGGGAGGCAGGUCUGUGACAACGACUGUCAGCGUGGUGGAACAUCAGGGAGGCAGGGCUGUGACAAAGUCCGUCAGCGUGGUGGAACAUCAGGGAGGCAGGGCUGUGACAACGUCCGUCAGCGUGGUGCACCAUCAGGGACGCAGGGCUGUGAGAACGUCCGUCAGCGUGGUGGACCAUCAGGGAGGCAGGGCUGUAACAACGUCCGUCAGCGUGGUAUAACAUCAGGGAGGCAGGGCUGUGACAAUGUCCAUCAGCAUUGUGGAACAUCAGGGAGGCAGGGCUGUGACAACGUCCGUCAGCAUGGUAGAACAUCAGGGAGGCAGGGCUGUGACAACAUCCGUCAGCGUGGUGGAACAUCAGAGAAGCAGGGCCGUGACACUGUCCGUCAGCGAGGUGGAACAUCAGGGAGGCAGGGCUGUGACAACGUCCGUCAGCGUGGUGGAACAUCAGGGAGGAAGGGCUGUGACAACAUCCGUCAGUGUGGUGGAACAUCAGGGAGACAGGGCUGUGACACUGUCUGUCAGCGUGUUGGACCAUCAGGGAGGAGGGCUGUGAGAUUGUCCGUCAGCGUGUUGGACCAUCAGGGAGGUAGGGUUGUGACAUUGUCCGUCAGCGUGGUAUAA